AUGUCCCAGCCCUCAUCGUCUGAUGCUGCCUUCAUCCCACUCUUACCCCUCGAUACUCAUCCCGCCACCAGCAGUAUGAGCGACGGUACCAGCAUCAGCAGUAACAGUAACAGCACUGUCUGUGGCGUGUCCUUUGCACGCUCGACCAGUCCUCCACCACAUUUACCAGCAAGUGACUCAGCUGUGCUGGAAGCCGUGUCAGCGAACAAAAGCCCGGAACUAGGCCAAGCGUCCAACCUCGACCUUAAGCCCUCAGGGAGCCAGUCUAUACUCACCAACGGUCAUGCCCACCAUAACCUGCCUAUCCCAACAAACCAGAGUGUGGCCAAAGACAACCCGCCUAAGCGAGGACCUGGACGACCCCGACGCUCUGAUAUCGCUACAGCUGCCCCUGAGAAGCCAUCUUCUGAUCUCAACACUCGUCCUAGACGAACUCUGCGUGCAGUCUCUUCUUCACCCACAUCAGGAAUAUCAGCUGAAGCCAUGACACCAACCGCCCCAACUCGCACACAAAAUAGUCCUGUCAAAGGACGCUCCCAGUCUGCCAUACCUUCAUUGGUGUCAGAACCUGCAGGAACCGUAAAGGUGACUGGUCAGCGCACCUCAACGCGAAACAUCAGACCGCCAGGGAAGUUUUCGGAGGCAGUGAUCAUGACAACGACCCACAGGGGCAGCGGAACCAAGCCAACACCUUCAAAUCAGCGAGCAGGGAUGACUCCGCAGCAACAACGGCCGACAGAACAUUUUCCGAAGCGGGGCCCUGGACGACCUGCCGCCAUCAAACUGGUGCCCAUAUCACCUCCAUCAGUAGUACCUAUGAAGCGCGGGCCCGGCCGUCCACCACGCAACCCGCUCUCUCCAAAACUGACCCCGCAGACAGCAAACAGCAAUCAUACCGAGCCUGGACCCACACCUCGCAAAAGGCGCACCUCAUCUUUGAAUCAAAACUCGCAGCCUAGCCAGACUCCCGGUCAGCACCAGAGUACAAGUUCAAAUGUGAGUGCAAGUGCGAGUUCCAGUCAGGGCCAGGGUACUACUAGGAGCAAGACCUCAACUACUGAACCCUACAAGCCGCUUCGACCUCCUAAACCACGCACACCCUUGGAUAAAGCAAGACAGGCAAAAGUUAAUGAAUGGGAAGCAAAGCUGCAUGGCGUUAUCGAUCAUCAUGACAGUUUGGCGCGCGAGCUCUAUCAUUUGGAGACCUACACGACCACGCUGACAUAUGACCCCGUCAAGAUCAAGUCCGAUCAUAGCGAGAGGAUGUUGAAGGCAAGUCAGGCUUUCCUGCGAAACUUCGACCUUUGGUCCCAAGUCCCUGACCUUGUUUCCAAUGUUCAGCUGAAUACGGACAGGAUAUCAACUCGGAGAAGCGCAAUCGAACAUCGCGAGCAGCUGGUGGACAUGCUUCAAAAGAAUGUCGAGGAGGCAUUACCACGGCGGGGAGACGGGUCACUUUCUCUGGAUACUAUUCGCAUGAGGACACAAAAGGGCUAUCUCACGCAAUUUCAAAGCUUUGAAGACUACUUGAAUUCGUUCGUCUAUGCCGACGAUGAGGAAGUCACGCCAGAGGAAGCGGACAGGCGCGCAGAAUCACACGCACAGCUUUUGAAUCGGAUUGACUGCCUUAAAGCGGAGGGUAGGCUUGGAGGAAAAUUAGCUAAACCGUUUGUCGACCCCGAGGUGCCCAAGCUACACUACAACUGGCUAAUGGAACAUAUCAUGACGUCCUCGAGACUUAUCAAGGAGGAGGGGAAACUGCAAAUGGCUCGCGCACGUAAGGUCAGUAAGCUGAUCACCCGACAUUUUGAACAGCUUCAUGGAAAGAGCGAGCGGGAACAGAGGCUGGAGGAGAAGCGGUUGAGGAAACUGGCCAAGUUGACGGCAAACGAGGUCAAAAAGAAAUGGCGCUAUGUCGAAGGAGUCGUCAAGGCACGACACAGGGCGCUGAUUCAGGAGGAACAAGAAGAGGCCGGCAAGCGACAUUUGAAUCUCAUAUUAGAGCACUCCACACAGAUACUAGGAGUACAGCAAAGCGCCUUUAACAUCAGCAUGCCGCGGCAAUUGUCAGACCCCCUUGGCUUAGCGGAUGUUCUUAGUGGUCUACCGUCACCGCUCUCAGCAGCAGAUCCCACCAGUCGUCGAUCUUCAGUUCCACUAUCGGUGGUCUCGUCGGAUGCGGAGCUUGACGCUGGUGAUGGUGAGUUCACUGUCGCAGAAGCUGAUGUGGACGAUGAAACGACACUCGCCAACGAAGAGUCAGGAACAGAGGAUGAUGAGGCCGAGAUUUCAGGUCUGGCAGCUGAAAUGGACAUUCCGAUUGAGGAGCUCUUGAAGCAGUACGGCUAUCGACUUUCUGAAGACGAGGAGAGCGACGAGGACGAUGAGCAAGCUGGGGACGAUGAGAAUGCGGAUGAGAGAAGCCAGCCAGGUUCAUCUAAGGAUCCAAUUGGCAAAAACGAGAUAGUGCCUGCAGUCGCCGAGAAACCACAUGUGAAGGUUGAGAUGAAUAUAGAGACGGAGUCAGGCAGCGCUCUGGAGGACACUCAUCCGGAUGCAUCGAUGGACAUGGAGGUCGACUCUGCAGCGAAUGGAGUAAACGGCAGCAAUGAUGCUUCGGAGCUGGAUGAACUGCCAAACACUGUUCCUAAUCCAAGACAGUCUAUGGAGAAGGAGGAGGAGAGGCCCAUGUCCUCCAAGGAUAUUGCUAAAGCGUUACCGGAAAGCCUCAAGUCUGUCACCAGACCCAGCCCAGUAUCUGAGCGAACCUAUGUUCCUAAGCGAAGGCGGUUGUCCCUUAGCGGUUUAUAUCGUGGCCCUCCAUUGCCUUGGAAUCCUUAUGGUGAGGUGGACGAUGAGCGGACGAUGGAGGAAGAAGAACAGGAGGAUCUCUCUGACCCGGAGGAACUCGCUGGUCUGAUAGUGGAGAAGGAUAUGUCGAUUGAGGACCUCCUGAAUAGAUAUGCAUACGAAGCGGAAAGCUCUGAAUACUCGGAUUCGUACUACGACUCGGACUCUGAAUACGAAGACACCAUCAUGAGCUCGCUGCAACGAGCAAAACCAUCUGAUCCGCGUUACGUGGUCACCCUGCAGGAUGUCGCACGCAGUCGCAAGUUCCCGACGAGACCAAGCAGUGAAGUAUCCGACACGGACACAGAGUACGAUGAUAACCGGACCAUAUCGAUAUACGGGACCGAUGACGAGCUCUGUCUUGGUGAUAUGCUUCCACUGCUGGAUCCAGAGGUGCCACCAAAGAGUCCAGAAAUCGACACCUUCACUACCGGGGCGAACGUCAAGACCAAAAUCCCGUUCCUUCUUCGUCAUCAGCUUCGAGAAUACCAGCAUGUGGGCAUGGAUUGGCUCGCGAAUCUCUACAGCAACGGCUUGAAUGGUAUUCUGGCAGAUGAGAUGGGCCUUGGAAAGACGAUGCAGACAAUUGCCCUGUUGGCUCAUUUGGCAUGCGAGCACGGGAUUUGGGGACCUCAUUUGAUCGUUGUUCCUACGAGUGUCAUGCUCAAUUGGGAGAUGGAGUUCAAGAAGUGGUGUCCAGGUUUCAAGAUCAUGACCUACUACGGCAGCCCCAGGGAGCGCAAGGAGAAACGAGUUGGCUGGUCUCGCGAGAACUCGUUCCAUGUCUGCAUUACUUCGUAUCAGUUGGUUGUCCAAGACCAAGCCGUGUUUCGACGCAAGGCCUGGCAGUACCUGAUUUUGGACGAGGCGCACAAUAUCAAAAAUUUCAGAUCUCAACGCUGGCAAACGCUCCUCAACUUCAACUCAGCUAGACGACUGCUACUGACAGGAACACCUCUUCAGAACAACCUGAUGGAAUUAUGGUCGCUUUUGUACUUCCUCAUGCCAAAUGGUGUUUCGCAGACUAUGCCGGUCGGCUUCGCCAACCAGAAAGAAUUCCAGGAGUGGUUUUCACACCCAGUCGACCGCAUGAUCGAAGGCAACGAUCAACAGGACGAGGACUCGAAAGCUGCCAUUGCUCGACUCCACACUGUUCUCCGGCCAUAUUUGCUCCGCCGUCUCAAGUCCGACGUAGAAACCCAGAUGCCAGCCAAGUACGAGCACAUUGUCUACUGCCGACUCUCCAAACGGCAGCGAUUCCUUUACGACGACUUUAUGAGCCGUGCGAAAACUCGCGAAACUCUGGCAUCCGGAAAUUUUCUCAGCAUUAUCAACUGUUUGAUGCAGCUGCGUAAAGUGUGUAACCAUCCGGACUUGUUUGAGGUGCGGCCGAUCGUUACGUCGUUUGCGAUGCCCUCCGCCACGGCGUCCUUUGAGAUCACGGAGUUUUUGGUUCGGCGGCGGAUCUUCUCUGAGGUCGACAAAGCUCAAGAAUCUGUCAACUUGGGGUUCCUGGGGCUGAUCUUCACCACAGCGGAGGAGCGUUUGUCGAAGAUGGAUCUAGAGUCAUACGAGGAGCUAAACGCCGCGUCGUGUUUUCAAAAGAAGGCGGCAGAGUUUACAAUGCCCCAAUCGAAGACGCUGUCGAGUUCCAACCAUUAUCAGGACGUUCGACAAUAUGUCAGCAUGAGACGGCACCAGUUGAUGCUGGCUGACAGACAUCGCUGGGAGCAAUUAGGAUACGUCAACAUGAAUAAGUGUCGGACGAAUCUCCUGUAUGGAUCCAGCUUGCUCAACAUGUGUCGAUUGCCUAUCAAGGCUCCUAUAGGGUGCACCACAACUUUGAACCAAGUUGCGGAUCCACAGCAUUAUUUUGAGUAUACCGAUGCGAUUGCGCGAGCCAUCAUUCCGAGCGAGGCACGACUGUGCCAGAAUGAGGAGACGAUCAAGCGGUUUGCGUUUGUAACACCCGCUGUUUUGGUCCGCGACUACUCAUGGAAACCGAUUCAUGUGAGCCCGGAACCAUCUUCACUAGAGUUGGUUUGCAAAAAGGCAGAGGAACUUCUCUAUCCUAUCACGUCAUGUCUACAGGUGCAGUUCCCGGACAAACGAUUGCUUCAGUUUGAUUGCGGCAAGCUGCAAAAGCUGGACAGCCUUCUUCGUGAGCUUAAGUCCGGUGGCCAUCGUGCCCUGAUCUUCACACAGAUGACCAAGGUCCUCGAUAUUCUGGAGAUCUUUUUGAACAUUCAUGGACAUCGUUACCUUCGAUUGGAUGGUGCCACCAAAGUGGAGAAUCGACAACAUCUUACGGAUCGCUUCAACUCAGACCCAAAGAUUUUGGCCUUUAUCUUGUCAACUCGAUCGGGCGGUGUUGGUAUCAAUCUUACGGGAGCUGAUACCGUUAUCUUUUAUGACUCUGAUUGGAACCCAUCGAUGGACCGCCAAUGCCAGGACAGAUGUCAUCGUAUUGGACAAACAAGGGAUGUCCAUAUCUACCGUUUCGUCAGCGAGUUCACGAUCGAGGAAAACAUGCUCAAGAAGGCAAAUCAGAAACGCAUGUUGGACAACGUCGUCAUUCAGGAAGGAGAAUUUACAACUGACUACUUCCAAAAAAUGGACUGGCGCGAUAUGCUGGGCGAAGAAGAGUUGGCCAAGAUAGGCGAUUUGGGGCCGACUCAAAAAGAUGGCGAACCUCAGGAUUUAUCGACUGUUCACGGGGCCGAUUUAGAGCAGGCGUUGGCUGCUGCUGAGGACGAGAACGAUGUCAUGGCAAUGCAGCAGGCCAAACACGAGAUGGAGGGUGUUGACCUUGGAGACUUUUCUGAGGUUGGAGCCAGCAAUACACCGACAACGGCCUCCAAGGAUAAGCACUCCAAGUCCAGGGACAUUGAGGGCGGCACAGCAAAAGUCCAGUUUGCGGGUGCGCCAUUGAUUGAGGCAACAGAGGAGGAGGAGAUCAUCGAGAUGGGCCAUGUGGACGAAUAUAUGCUUCGGUUCAUGGAGCGAGAGUAUGGGCACUAUGUUGGAUUCGGUGGACUGCCAGAACCCGAGAAGAACGAGGACGCGGACGAUUUGGAGAUGCUCGACGAUGAGACGAAGCCGAGCGAAGAUAGCGAGCAAGAAGGAGAAGAGGAAGAGGAGGUGGAAGUAGAAGAAGAGAACGAGUACGACAUCGAGGAGACGGAGGAAAGCGAUUCUGGCGAGGAUGGCGAUCCAGAGGGAUUAUUAUCAUCGUCUGAGGAAGAAGGAGACAACAAUGAAGGUGCCGAUGUUGCUGCAGGUGUGGAGGCGAUGGAAACGGACGAUUGA